GUCACAAACAUGCGCCGCUCACACGCGACUCCUGCCUCUGCUGCUCAGGGUGAUGUGAGCGACAGGGGACAGAGGAGGGAGAGCAGGGGACAGGAAUGGCUGCUGUCCCCUCAGAAGUGUCUCACAUGCAGCUGAACGGAGCCUCAGAGCUGAUGGACCUGCUUCACAUCGACGUGGAGGCGGACGCAAUGGAGGACAGACCUGGGAGAGAAGAUGCUCUGUGUUCGAGGAACGUGUUGAGGAAGCAGAGGAACUGGGAGAGGCAGCUCGCUGUGAAGAGGAGCCGGAGGAGGGAAGAGAAGCAGAGGAAGAAGCUCAACCGUGAGCAGGAGUCAGGUGCCGGCGCCGACAGCCCUCAGUUCACCAAACGGGUCAUGAAGGCGAUCGCCAAAGAGCGUUUAGCUGAGGCUCAGUGCACCGGGCUCAGACUGUGUGUGGAUCUGAGUAUGGCCGACUGCAUGUCUGACAAGGAGAUCAGCCGACUGGCCGCGCAGCUGAGACGACUGUACGGCUCCAACAAGAAGGCGGCUCGACCGUUUCACGUGUUCCUGACCGAGCUCAGGGAGGACAGUCAUCUCUACAGAGAGUGCAUACGAAUGAACGAAGGCUUCCUCAACUACAUGAUCGACAUGACGGAGGAAAGCUGCCUCGACCUUUUCCCCACGGAAACGGUCGUCUACCUCUCUCCAGACGCUGAAGAAGUUUUGGAGACAGUUGAUUCUGACAAGGUCUACGUCCUCGGUGGCCUCGUGGAUGAAAGCAUCAAGAAGAAGUUGAGCUUCUGUCGGGCCCGAGACCUGAGCGUGUGCACGGCGAGGCUGCCGAUCGACGAGCACAUGGUGAAGAAAAACAACGCCAAGAAUUUCCACUCCAAGAUCCUGGCGGUGAAUCAAGUGUUCGACAUCCUGUUGACUUUCUGUGACACGGGCAGCUGGACGGAGGCACUGCGGGCAUGGUUCCCCCGGGGGAAGGGUUAUGUCGUUGCACCAGAUGACUCCUGACACAAGAAUGGCCAGUGAAAGAGAAUAAGACUCAAUGUGUUGAUGAGCUGACGGAAGCAAACACUGGUUGAGGAAAGAUUUUCUUUACACUGAAACCAAAUAGUUUACAAGCUGGGCUGCUGGUAUAUUUACUGGAACACCUCAGCCGCACUCCAGUUAUUUUCCAGUCAGUCAUUUUAAGUCCGUCAUCUUUCUGCUGCUGAGUCACUGUUGCCAUAGAAACCAGAAAUGAUCAUAUCUACAGUAACGUGAUCAGAUUUAGUUUUUGUUGUAUUUUCUGAUCGAACCAGCUUGAUCUGGUCUUCCUGUGGUUUUAUGCACUGACGUAUUGUUUUAAAAAAUAUCACAUAUUCUUAGAAUGUGAACGUGUUUUUUCUACUGAUUUACUUCCUGUAAAUAAACAAAGACUUUAACUUGCAGACUA